CGAGAGUUGAGACGAAGGGCGGAGGACUCCCUCGUGUUCUGUCGUCUGACGCACUCGUCCAUGCUUCUCGUGCUUAGUGCUACAACUCUGAGCCUGCCAGACUCCGAAGGUCUCUUAAUUGGCAGAGCUUUCAUGCUCGAGACCUCCUGUAGAUUGGUAGAUUUGACGCUCUGUAAAUGUCCUCCCCGUUCUAUUCCGAGCCGCACUCGUUGCCAGUGUAACUUACGUGGUUCACUUGAACUUGUAUGUCACACUUGCAAUGAGAGCAGCUACGACUAGGAUUCGUCACCGUGACAUGCUUCGACGAUCGGUUCAAGGGAUGUAUGUGUCGAUUGAUCGGGCAACUGUCAAAGAGCGAAUUUCUGAGUGUGGUGCUCGUUUUUCCAUGAAGGGUGUGUGUCGAGAGGACCCGAGCUAGUGAGUCGAGAUCGCAUUGAGUUCUGUGAACACCGUCCUUGCUCCCGUCAGAACACUAAGACACUGUUCUCGACUGUGCUGUGAUUUUCUCCGUUGGCUUUCUGUACGUACGAGCACAGCGCAAGUGCUCUGCACGACCGUCAGCGGCCCUGGUCACCAGAGUCCGAGGGCUCCUGUCUUCCGACUGUAAGCGGAACAUGCAAGAUGUGACAUUAGGCACGAGAUCUUGCGAACCGGCUCAUCUGAAAAUCGGACAGAUUUGAGAUUUGAGGUUUUGAUUUGCAUCACUCUCUAGACCUAUGCAGUUGACCUACCGGUGGAAGGUGGGCACGAUGAUUCUCGGCAGUCGUCCCCAUGAUCCACCCCACGAUUUUAAGAACCUGAUACAACCAUCUGACAUAAUUCUGCUUUUUCACCGUAGGAAUGACCUUGCGUUGGUGCUACGAAGAAAAAAAACAGUAAACGAAAAGAAGACCGAUGCACUUCCUAACCAGAAAGCAAAGCUACCACUAAAUAUUCGUGUUGAAGCCCCUGUGAUGUUUCCUGGGCAUGUCUGUUGCAUCAAGACCUUUUGCCGAAUUUGUAUGUAACAAAACGAGCUACUUCUGCGGUUCUUACCCCCGCCAUAGUCGGCUUACGAUGCAGCCGAAGAGGCAUCGCCCAAGCAUUGAAGUUAAUGGAGAUAGUCCUGUUAUCAGAGGACCAUUUCCUGAAGUCUCCGGACUGAACUCGUUUUCUUAUUCCACCAGACCUCUCUCUUGCUUCUGGGCUUCCUAUACCCUUAAGCCUUCUCAUUUUCAAUUUCAUUUCAUCAAGCUGAAGUUGUUCUCAGAGCAGAGUGUGCUUUCAUGGAGUCUCGAAGGCUUUGUCGGUGGAAUAAGGACCAGUCCAGGCCUUCAACACGAGAAGAUCACAUGCUACAUGCCGAUGCCUGUAAGUAAACAUUUGACCGAAGAGAGUCAUAUGGUGAGAAUCGGGGACAAAGUAGAAUUGUUAUAGGAAACAUGAGCUUCGUCUACGCUUAUUCUACAUGUUAGGUAGCAGAGGGGGAUAAUACUUAUUCAUUCACACAGACUCGUCGGCUGGCUUGCGCGCUGGCAGUUUAUGACAGCGAAAGCACACAAUCAACCGUCUGAGCUGCAGAUUUCUUCCACGAAACAAAGGACGAAAAUGUAUUUUUCUAUGAGAAUAAACACAGACUUGUAUUGAUCAUCGGCAUCAUGAGCAUCUUCU